GACAAGGGAUGGAUGUUCCUUCAGCCUCUAUCAACCGCAGUAUCUUUCGUAUUGUCAUUGCAGAACCUAAAUUUCAUAACCAGAUACUUCAGCCUUGCAGAAUACCCACAGUCAUUUCAAAUUCAUUAUCACCCGUGGCUCAGACUAUUCAGGAAAUUCUUUGGAGUGAGAAUUGAGUUCAGCCUAAGGGGUUAGGUUGUCUAUCCUCGCGUUCUCCGGAUUUCAGUCCACCGCAAGGCCCGCCCAAGCAAUUCGCCCAUCAGCAAAUUUCUUUGUCAAGUCGCCCAAUAUGGAUUACGAUCCUAUGGUAAUGGACCAAGAGUCCUCAGGACCUCAAGUCAAGAUCACAGAGGCUGGUUCACAUCACGUCGACUUUGAAUUAUCCAACGUAGACCUCUCCUUUGCAAACUCGCUCCGCCGAACCAUUCUCUCAGAAGUCCCAACAAUCGCUAUCGAUCGAGUCCAAAUCGAAGCCAAUACAUCAGUCCUAGCAGAUGAAUUCAUCGCGCAUCGACUUGGUCUUAUCCCACUAAACUCGAAGAAUUGUGAUGAUGUUAUCUAUACGAGAGAUUGCGAUUGCGAUGGAAACUGCGAACUCUGCAGUGUUACACUUACCCUCCACGCAAGAUGUACGGGUGAUGAAAUCAUGAAAGUCUAUGCGCGCGAUUUGGUGGUUGAUCCUCAACGUGCCAACAAAUGGGUUGGAAAUCCUGUCAUCACUGAUCCAGAUGGACUUGGACCAGUCAUUGCCAAAUUGAGAAAGGGACAAGAGAUACGCAUGAAAUGUAUAGCCUUGAAGGGUAUUGCAAAGGAACAUGCGAAAUGGGCACCUACAGCUGCUGUCGGCUUCGAAUAUGAUCCACACAACAAAUUGAAGCAUAUCGAUUUGUGGUAUGAACAUGAUGCUGCAAAGGAAUGGCCCAAGAGUAAAUAUGCGGAUUGGGAAGAGCCAGCCCAAGAAGGCGCUCCCUUUGAUUACGAUGCCGUUCCAAAUAACUUUUACUUUGAAGUCGAAUCAAUUGGCAACCUAGAGCCCGAUGCAAUUAUUCAGCAAGGCAUCAAAGUCAUGCAACAGAAGUUGGCUGCAGUCCUUCAGGAUCUUACCGAGGGAGAUGGCCAGGCUAAUGGUGGUGGAUAUGAUGCGCCUCAGAGUCCAGACGUUGGUAUGAAUGGCCAUGGUUGGCAAGACCCGGGCUAUGCUACGCCAUAUGGUGGGGGUAAUGCUUGGGGUGGUGCGGGUGGUGCAGCUACUCCUUAUGGUGCUACUCCAUAUGGCCAAAAUGGUCAAAGUGGAUGGUAAAGGGUAUCCGUUCAUGGUUGACGAAAGGGUAUUAGAAGUCUGUCAUGAAGAAAUGAGUCUCCGGUUUACUUUUCAUGACGAUGAACAUAAUUGGGCUCUCUCCACCUUCUUCGUUUUUGAAGAGAUAUGUCUUUUGAUUCUCGAACCAGAGCAAGCGACAUAUAUCGAUGACAUUUGAUUCAGUUUGACCCAAGGAAGAUCAAAGAAAAGUGUUCCUUACACUAGGUUGGCAACGACCAGGGAAAUAUCAAAGCAAAAAAAAAAGCAAAAACAAGAGAACUACACACAAAAUAAGAUAAAAUGUACAAUCAAUAACUGCAUAACGUGGAGGUGGAUGGGCAUUAUCUGGGUCGGAUUGGCGUUUACAGGACGUUUUCCUAAGAUUCUACAGUAUCUAAAUGGAUAGGAAAGGAUUGCAAUGAUCAAUCAAUACAUACAUACAAACUAUUUAGACCCUUAUCAAUGAAUGAAUUCCACGAACCUGUG